CGGCGCGGCGCCCGGCGCUUAAAAUAGACCGUGCGAGGUCGACAGAUGGUACGCAACAUGUGCUAGCAGCCAUGCAAGUAAUGCGCCCCCGUUAGAGGCUGCCCCAGCAUGCUGCACUACACAAUAGCACUCCUGCUGCUGGCAAGCACAAGCGCUCGGGACUGGCGCACGGCCGCGUUCUGGCCCGAAGUGCUCGAGAGCCUCGACCACAAGCCAGCACAAAGACCACAAAAAAGUAAAUGCGUCGUCGGCGCCGAUUGUAGAGCCGCUAUACUGGUCCCAGCGGCAUACCGCGAAUCAAGGGAAGGCCUGGAGACGAUACAAACCCUGGCCCAAUCAUUAACACGAGUUUUACAAAAGCCGACGCCCGUGUUCAUCACGACGGAGCCGCCUUAUGAUGGGACAAAAAUCCGCCAGACUCUCACGAACGUACAUAUACGAGAACUCACAGAGCGAGAGAUGAAUGCCCAGAAGCGCUUGCCGUUCUGGUUGCGGCAGUGGUACAAGCACGCUUUAGUGUUGAAACAGGUCGACCAUAAUGAAAAAAGGCACGGCCACGCCUUCGAUGUGCUGGUCAAAAUCCGCUUCGACGCGAAACUAAAAUUCCGGGACGACGCGUCCCUUACAAAAUUCCUCGAAACGAUCACGAGUCAGAGAGACGCGGUCUGGGCCUGGUUCGAGAUGACCUGGGUUGGAUCAUCUGAAGCGCUGCGGCCGUUGCUCAGUGCCCUAACGACGGACGCGGCCGCGCCCGAGGCCUUCGAUUUGACACUCGACGGCGCGCACUUAACGAGGUGGGACCCCUGCCCGGCGGACCACUGGUUCGCGAUGAUGGCCGGGUCUGAUCUGAUGUUCCCGGGCUAUAAUGAAAAGACUCUGUCAGAGUUGAAAACGUCCAAAGAAACAAAAGUCUGGCGCCGAAACAAGCCGCGCUUCUGGCCCGGCGUCUCGUCCGAGGAGCUCUUCGUCGCGUCGCUACUGAGACGGAGCCUCGUGCGUCGGCGGUGUACUAGCUUUCAAUGUGUUUUGGCACGGCGACAGCGUGGCGGGGAGAUCUUGUUCCCACCAGCACGCCAUCGCCGAUGUCACGGUCACAACGCACACAGGUACUAAAGGAUCUAGGCCAAGUCCCAGGCAUCACCGAUAAUGGCUGGGCCACGGACUGGGAGCGCUGGGUAUCAGCUGCAGGUUGUAAAUUAGGCAACGUCGUGAAGUUGGACGGUCCCGCGGACGCGCAAACCUACGGCCCCGCGGCGCUGGACGUGAAGAUCUACCCGGAUGGUGUGAACGCGUCCAAAGGAAGGUUCAACGCCUACUUCGCGCGGAACUUCUCCGACGCGCAACUCAAAGACUUGAUGAUGAGACGCAUCAAGAAAGAGAACCCGACGUGCGGCCCGACGUCGUACCUCUUCGGCCACGGCAUGCUCGAGCGCAUCUACCCCGGUUUUUUUGGCAAGGAGUUCUCCGAGCGACGGUUACAGGACGCCGUUCGCAAGGGCCGAUGUUGACCUAGCGCCAGUCCCCACGCCUUCGACGCGCCACCUUGAACUGUUAACCAUG